AUGUUUUCAUCUCAUGCUCGUCCAGGACCAGUCGAGCCGUUUGUGCCAGCCUGGGGAGAAAGAUUGGCUGGUGAACUGGAACACAGAUCGUAUGACUACACAAAGUACCACACCAUGGAUGAGAUUUCAGCCUGGAUGAAUCAGAUGGAAAGGGAAAACCCAGACGUUGUGUCCAGCAUGAUAUAUGGAAAAACUUAUGAGGACAGGAACAUUACAUUACUAAAGAUCGGCUUCGAAAGCACCACACCUAAGAAAGCCGUUUGGAUGGACUGUGGGAUUCAUGCCAGGGAAUGGAUCGCUCCAGCUUUCUGCCAGCAUUUUGUUAAAGAGAUCCUGGGCUCCUACAAAUCAGACUCGAAAGUGAACACGUUGUUUAAAAACCUGGACUUCUAUAUCACCCCAGUGCUAAACAUGGACGGAUAUAUUUAUUCCUGGAAGGAAUACACAACUCGACUAUGGAGGAAGUCCAGAUCACCAGGGACUGGAGACUGCACAUGUUUUGGCACUGAUCUUAACCGCAACUUUUAUGCUAACUGGGGGAUGGUGGGGAUCUCCAGGGACUGCUGUUCAGAUAUCUAUAAUGGACCGACUGCUCUGUCUGAGCCAGAGGCCAAAGCUGUCACUGACUUUUUGGGAGCAUAUCAAAAUGAAAUGCUCUGUUACCUCACCAUCCACUCAUACGGUCAGCUGAUCCUCGUCCCCUACGGACACCCCAACAUCUCAGCACCCAAUUAUGAUGAACUGAUGGAAGUAGGUCUUGCUGCAGCUAAAGCCAUCACAGCAGUGCAUGGGAAGAGCUACAAAGUGGGCACUCCACCUGAUAUACUGUAUGCAAAUUCUGGCUCUUCACGUGAUUUCGCGAGGCUCAUAGGGAUCCCAUACUCCUUUACGUUUGAGUUACGAGAUGAAGGGAACUAUGGCUUCAUUCUUCCCGAGGAUCAAAUCCAGCCCACAUGUGAAGAAGCGUACCAGGGUGCAAUGUCCAUCAUAAACUACGUCCAUGAUAAGAAUUUCAAAAGUGCAGCGAUUACAGUCACAGCCACACUGUGGACAACACUGACCGCCUUAUACAUCUCAAGCGCUAAUGUGUUUUAGACCACUAGAUCAAAAUGGAUCAUGUGAUUUUAUUUUUCAAAAAUUCUUGUUGUUUUCUUUUAUGCUCAAACAAGAACCGUGUAACAAAAACCUCCUGGUUUGAUAUUUU